UUUCAAGCCAUCUCCUGGUUUAAUAAGCAAAGCAGUUUAGCACGUUUAAGCAAAUACUUUUUACGCUAAUUUACUAUGGAGAAUUGUCAGACAACCCAAGUCAGCUUGAAAAACAUUUUUACUAAGCGUAUGGAUAUGAGGAAGAUUGUGGACAACACAUUGUUAUGUAGGACAUGUUUAGCUGUAGGUGGCGAUGUCAAACUAGUCGAUUUAAAUGAUCCAAUUCAGAAAACGAACUUAGAGGAAAAGAAAGGGGUGACACAUAUGGAUUGCUUAAUCUACUGCAUGCAUUUCACUAAUGCACCAGGCAUGCCGGCAGCCAUCUGUGGGAAUUGUAGCUCGACUCUUAAAAUAGUUUAUGCGUUUAUGAAAAAUGCGUUCCGAGCUCAAGAAAUUCUUAAAAGAAAACUACAAGGAAUGAGGAAAAUGAAGUACAUUAGGCAGCGAAAGCAAGGGGGUGAAAAUCAGCAGUGUCCAUCGGUCGAAAGCAAGAAAGAAAAGCAGUUUCGUUGCAAAGUGUGCGACGUAAAACUGAAGGGAAGAAUAUCGCUGAAAAAGCAUGUCAAGUUACAUUUAGAUCUUAUUGUAUACAAAUGUCAAUUAUGUCCCCACGAAAGUCGGGGACGUCUUUGUUUGAGUGAGCACUACCUACUAGCACAUAACCUAACAGCUUCUGCAGAACAACUAAAACCAAAACCCUUAUCCUCACUUGAAAUACAAAAGCAGCGCUGUGUCCACGAUAAUCCGCAAAUAAACGAAAAUACUGAACGACACAGCACUACGGCCAGUAAACCCAUGCUCGCAAGCAUAAGUACGAAUGAAGUUCACAGAUGUCUUAAUAAGAAAAUGUUGACUGAAAAUGGCCCUUUAAAACAAGAAAAUUUAGGCGAUCAGGCGGCGUCGUCGAAUUGCGAUUCGAUAUUAGAGAAUAAAGUAAAAUUGAAUAAACCAAUGUCGUUGCAACUAGCACAAAACGAUGUUGCACAAAUGGAUGUGGAUGAUUUGAUUGUAGAAGAGAGCGUUAAUAGCUCAGAAGAAAUGUUGGUAUUCUCCUUAGGUGAUACAGAAUAUUCAGCGACGGGUGGUAAAUACGUUGCAAAUGCAGACCACAAAAUGGUAAACAAUAUUAAAUGCAAGACUUGCAUUAAAAGUUUUAGCACUCAACGCGAGUUAAAGGCCCAUAUGUUAUCACACAACGAACUUCCACAUUUUUUUUGUGAUAAUUGCACGUUUUACACUUUUUUUAAAGAAGAUUUACAUCAACAUUAUAGGAGCAGACAUAAUAUUCAGCCAACGAGCCCCCAAUUACAACCGAAAAAUAAGCAAUUCAAAGAAGUUCGCCAAUCCAACAGAAACAGAGAAGAAACGAACCGACACGACUUCUGCGUAGUUAAAAGUUCUAGCAAGUUGCAAUUUAAACACCAUUACUUUGAAAAUCAUUCAAUACAUGCCAAUGAAAUUCAUGUAACACCCAAAAUAGUUGAUUCAUUAAUGAACGCUCCGAUACAAUUUACGUUAAUUGUACAAAACACUGCAAAAAGACUUCCCACAACCAAGUUUAACUGCCCCAAAGAUAUCUCGCCUGAUUGCAAGGAAAUAGUAUAAGGCGAGUCAAGUUCCGAAACUACUUCAAACGACAUGGCGACGAUACACACCACUGAUCAAGUCUCG